CGGCGGCGGGGGAGGGGGAUGGCGGCGGCCGGCGGGCCGGAGGGUCCGCGCUGGGGCCGGCUGUCGGCGUGGCUGGAGUGCGUCUGCGCCGUCACCUUCGACCUGGAGCUGGGGCAGGCCAUGGAGGGUCUGGAAACCGAGUCCUGCGAGGAGUGGCUGAGCUAGCUGAGUCUGCUGAGUCUGGAGAGGAGAAGUCAGAGGAGGAGGAGGAGAGUUGAGUGCCUGGAGGGCUGAUGUAGGAGAUGGAGCAGACCAUUUCUCGCUUGCUCCAGAGGACAGGACUGAAAGCAAAGGGCUGGAAUGCCCAGGAAAUAGGCAUAGACGAGACCUGGGCCAAGAAGAGCCUCCUGACGCUGGUGUAUCCCCGGGAUUACGUGCUGACGGAGAAAGAGAAAACCAGCAUCUGCUACUUGUCCUUCCCAGACUCGUAUUCAGGGGCCCUUGGAGACACCCAGUUCAGCUUCCGCUUCCGCCAGUCCGGAGGGCAGCGGAGGCCUCCCUUGGAGGAGGACGUUCACUACGCGGGGGAAGCCCCGGUCUCCUUGCAGCGGGAGCCGGCCCACUACUUGGGCUACGUCUACUUCCGGCAAGUCAAGGACAGCUCUGUCAAAAGAGGCUAUUUCCAGAAGUCUCUCGUCCUGAUCUCUCGCCUGCCCUACGUGACUCUCUUCCAGUCGCUGCUUCAGCUCAUUGCACCUGAAUACUUUGAUAAGCUGGACCCGUGUCUGGAGGCAGUGUGCAGUGAGAUUGACCAGUGGCCCCCACCUGUGCCUGGUCAGACCCUGAACCUGCCGGUGAUGGGCAUCGUCAUUCAGGUGAGAAUCCCUUCCCGGGUGGACAAGCCGGGCUCCAGCCCUGCCAAGCCGCUGAAUCAAGAGAGCCUCCGGCCAGCCCCCCUCGCCCUCCCCAGCGCCCACGAGCUGGACCUCUUCAGGUGCUUCCAGCCGGUACUCAUCCAUAUGCAGAUGUUGUGGGAGCUGAUGCUGCUGGGGGAGCCCGUCGUGGUCAUGGCCCCCUCGCCGUCCGUCUCCUCCGAAAUGGUUCUGGCCCUGACCAGCUGCCUGGCUCCUCUGAAGUACUGCUGUGACUACCGGCCCUACUUCACCAUCCACGACAGCGAGUUCCGCGAGUACACGACGCGGACCCAGGCCCCGCCAAACGUCAUCCUGGGGGUCACCAACCCCUUUUUUAUCAAGACGCUGCAGCACUGGCCCCAUGUCCUGCGUCUCGGGGAGCUCAAGAUGGCUGGAGACUUGCCCAAGCAGGUCAAGUUGAAGAAGCUCACCAAGCUGAAGACGUUGGACACCAAGCCAGGGCUCUACACGGCCUACAAGACCUUCCUGCACAAGGACAAGGGCCUGAUCAAGAGGCUGCUCAAGGGCAUCCACAAGAAGCGCCCCUCCGAGGCCCAGAGUGCCCUGCUGAGACGCCACUUCCUGGAGCUCACCCAGAGUUUCAUCAUCCCCCUGGAGCACUACAUGGCGAGCCUGAUGCCUCUGCAGAGGGCCAUCACCCCCUGGAAGAACCCCCCUCAGAUCCGCCCCUUCCAUCAGGAGGACUUCCUCAAGACGCUGGACCACGCUGGGCCCCAGCUCACCUGUGUGCUGAAGGGGGACUGGGUGGGCCUGUACAGGCAGUUCUUCCGGUCACCCAACUUUGACGGCUGGUAUCGCCAGAGGCAGCAGGAGAUGACGCACAAGCUGGAGGCCCUGCACUUGGAGGCCAUCUCUGAGGCGAACAUCAGGCUCUGGCUGAAGGACAAGUCGGAGGUGGAGGUGGUUGACCUGGUGCUGAAGCUUCGGGAGAAGCUGGUGCGGGCCCAGUGCCGCCACCUCCCCGUGAAGGAGGAGCCGCUGCAGCGCGUGGCCCGGGACGUUGCCACCCUCAUGGGAGCGCUGCCCCCGGACCUCCAGGCGGUCCUGUGCUCCUAGGAGGGAGCCCCUGAGCCGCAGGGCUGGCCCGGAGGGGGGCCCCCUGGCUCUGCCCCCCCCCCACGGGGAGCCCUCUGGCUGGUGGACUGACAGCCCCUCUGGGCGCGCCGCUGCCGCUGCUGCUGCUCUCCCGCACCCAGGAGGAGAGGAGAGGAGUGGGGCUGCCUGGCUUGGGGUCUCCCUGUGGCCCCAUCCGAGGGGAGAGCGGCAGGCAGCGGCUGCUCCGCCUGAAAUCCCCCCCCCCCCCGUGCAUGUCUCUGCUGUUGCGUGACGACUCGUGUCCCUAAAAGCAACCUAGUAAAAUCACUUUCCUGACCUUGGGAUGGAUUCAUUGCUGGCGUGUCGCCUGAGCUCCGGCUGGGGCGCAGACAUCGGAUAGGCUGGCUGCCUCCUAGCCUCUUGCAAUGGGCUGAGAGAGAGAGAGAGAUGGGGCUACCAGCCCCUCGGAGGGAGUCCCAGAGGGCUGCUCCUUGGUUCUCGCCGGGCGCCUCUGCCUCCCUUCCAGCAAGGGGGCUCCUCCACUGCUUGGCGGGGCGGUGGCACCAGCGGCCCCUCCUGGCCCUGCCCGCUGGCUCCUCCAGGACUCCCUGGCCCCUGCCCAGGACUCCUCGUGGAAGCUCUGAGGCCUGGGGGGCAGUGGAGGGGCAGGCGCUCCCCUGUGACCGCCUGGCGGAAGUUGCCUCGCAGCCAGCAGUACACCAGGCUGUGGAGGAAGCCUUGCAAGGAGACGCUCAGGGCCUGAGGCUGGCAGCGCUUGCGUGGCGGGCAGGGGGCGGCUCUCUCCUCCAGGGGCCCAGCCCUGCAGCCUUCCCGCCCCCCUGACCCACAGCCUGACUGCUUGCUCCCCCCUUGCUGGAGAGCCUCUUCCCCUCGCCUGCAGCGACUGACUCACCGCACAUCAGAUCAAGCAAGUCGAGAGGCCUUCGCUCUUCUUGAGCAAUUGUGAGCGGCCUCAAAUAGUCCCCUCAACGGGCGGAAUAAAAAUAUGAAAGAAUCCGA